CCCGCGCUGCUCGACAUGGCGGCGCUGUGAGGCCCUGGAACCGCGCGGCUUCUAUCGGUGCUGGGCCUCCGUCACUCCCUCCCUUCGCCAUGAGGAACCUGCGGCUGCUGCGAGCCGGUGUGCACCGCUCCGCCGCCGCCACGGGCACCCCGCAGUGCUUCUGCCUCGGCGCAGAGCCCGGCACGGUUCUUGUGGGCUCCCAGUACGGGCUUGUGGAGCUGCGCCCCGCAGGGGACUCGGUGUCAAGAGAAGUUUCCUUGACUGCGGAUGGUUUCCUGCCUGAGGAUGGAAGUGGCUGCAUUGUGGGUGUGGAAGAUCUUCCAGAGCAGGAGAGUGUGUGUGUUGCUACAGCAGCUGGAGACAUCCUACUGUGCARUCUGAACACAAAGCAGGUGGAAUGUGUUGGAAGUGUGGACAGCGGUCUGAGUGUCAUGAGCUGGAGUCCUGACCAAGAGCUUGUUUUGCUUGCAACAGGUCAGCAGACACUCAUCAUGAUGACAAGGGAUUUUGAACCAAUUACUGAGAAGCAAAUCCACCAAGAUGAGUUUGGAGAAGGAAAGUUUGUCACUCUUGGCUGGGGUAAAAAGGAGACACAGUUCCACGGAUCAGAAGGGAAACAGGCAGCACAACGCAAACAGACGGAAGUGUUACCAGCAUCAGCCUGGGAUGACGGCAGGCCUCGGGUGACAUGGAGAGGAGAUGGGCAGUUUGUUGCAGUGAGUGCAGUCUGUCCAGAGACAGGUGCUCGGAAGGUCCGGGUAUGGAGCAGAGAGCUUGUGCUGCAGUCAACAAGUGAACCUAUCUCAGGAUUGGAACAAGCACUGUCAUGGAAACCCUCCGGAAACCUGAUAGCAUCUACACAAGAAAAACCCAACAGACAUGAUGUGGUUUUUCUGGAAAAGAAUGGACUUCUUCAUGGAGAAUUCACCCUCCCAUUCCAGAAAGGGCAGGUCAAAGUUAAUGAAAUGCUUUGGAAUGCAGAUUCCACAAUCCUGGCUAUAUGGCUGGAAGACUUGAAGGUGGAAAAUUCCAACCCAAAUACUUACGUUCAGCUGUGGACCACAGGAAACUAUCACUGGUACCUGAAACAAAGUCUACACUUUGGUAGCUUGGAGGAAAAUCGGUUGGUGUCACUGCUGUGGGAUCAAGAGAACGUGUACAGACUACAUAUACUCUGCCAGGGCUGGCAUUACCUCUUCUACGACUGGCAUUGGUCCACAGACCAUGGGCUGGGAGAGAAUAGUCAACAUAUGGCAAAUGUGGCUGUCAUAGAUGGGGACAAAGUKCUUGUCACAGCGUUCCAGCACGCUGUAGUGCCUCCACCCAUGUGCACCUAUGAGCUCCAGCUCCAACAGGCGGUUAAUCAGGUUGCAUUUCAUACAGAUCCCAARCAUAGUGGGGACAUGGCCAUCCUGGAUGCUGGUAACAGGAUCUCCUUGUACAGAUACGGACAAGGAACAGUGAAUGACCCUACUGUCAAGAUUGGAGCUGUGGGUGGAAAUGGAUUUAAAGCAGCUGUGGAAACACCAUGCCUGGAUAAAACCUACAGAGUUGAUGUGAGCUGUGGCAGCAAUGAAGUGAUGAAUCCUCUGGGGCUCCGAUUUCUCACCUGGCUGCCAGAUGACAGYUUCCUUGUUGUUGGUCAAGGUCAGCAUGCUGCUCAGUCUGUCCUUCAYCAUCUGACUGCAGUGCCUCACGUGGCUGGAGCUGAAGAAGAGUGCCUGAAUUUACGGUUGUCAGUGCCUGUAGAUGGAGAAGUGAUCAGCCUGUACUGCAGCCCGGUGACCAAAACUGUAGCCUUGCAGCUGGCUGACAGACGGAUUCUAAAAUACCUGUGGGAGGCUGCUACUCCAGUCCUUGAGCCCUGGUGGAAUAGCAGUGGCUCAGCUGUUCAGUUCCCCUACCGUUGUGUGCAGACUUCCAUCACAACAAUCAGUGGUGAAGAAGUAAUCUUGGGCCUCACAGAUCGAUGCCGACUUUUUGUAAAUGAUACUGAGGUUGCUUCAAACAUCACAUCAUUUGCAAUACACAAUGAGUUUUUGUUGGUGACAACCAACUCCCACACCUGCCAGUGCUUCUGCUUGAAGAACCUAUCAGUGAAAGCCCUCCAGGCUGGCCUGAGCGGUGCCACUGCGCCCAACAGUGAGACCCUUCGCAAGGUGGAACGAGGUUCACGUAUCGUCACAGUUGUUCCCCAGGACACAAAGGUUGUGCUGCAGAUGCCAAGAGGAAAUCUGGAGACUGUUCACCACCGUGCUCUGGUUCUUGCCCAGAUUCGGAAGUGGCUAGACAGGCUUAUGUUUAGGGAAGCUUUUCAGUGUAUGAGGAAGCUGCGAAUCAACCUCAAUCUUCUCUAUGACCACAAUCCCAAGGUAUUUCUGGAAAACACAGAAACCUUUAUCAAGCAAAUAGAUUCUGUCAACUACAUCAACUUGUUUUUCACAGAACUGAAAGAAGAAGAUUUCACGAAGACUAUGUACCCAUCUCUGAAUGAUAGCAGUAAUACCCAACCAUGCCAGCAUCCUGAUCAGAAAAAAGUAAACCUCAUAUGUGAUGUGAUGAGAGUUGCCAUGGAGCACAUUGAYCCUCAAAAAUACUGCCUAUCAAUACUGACAGCACAUGUAAAGAAAAGUCCUCCAGAACUGGAAAUUGCUCUCCAGAAGGUUCAUGAUCUUCGAGAAAGUACUACGCCAGAUGUCCAAGCUGUGAGUGCAGAAGAAGCACUGAAGUACCUGCUUUUCCUUGUGGAUGUCAAUGAAUUGUAUGAUUAUUCCUUGGGGACGUAUGACUUUGAUUUAGUCGUCAUGGUGGCAGAAAAGUCUCARAAGGACCCUAAAGAAUACUUGCCCUUCUUAAAUACACUUCGGAAAAUGGAAACCAAUUAUCAGCGAUACACAAUAGACAGACACUUGAAGAGAUACACAAAAGCUCUUGGCCACCUCAGCAAAUGUGGUCCUGAACACUUCUCUGAAUUUCUGAACUUGGUGAAGGAUCAGAAUCUGUAUUCUGAGGCCUUGAAGCUGUACCUCUCUGACACUCAGGAGUACAAGGAUAUCAGUGAUGCAUAUGGGGAGUACUUGAGUCAGAAGCAGCUGUGUGAACAGGCUGGAUUGAUAUUUGCUCGUGCUGGCAUCUUUGCAAAAGCACUUGAUGCUUUUCAGAGCAGUGGCAGCUGGCAGCAAGCCCUGUGCAUGGCAUCACGGCUUGGUUACACAAAGGAUAAGCUGUCCAACCUGGCACGGAGCAUGGCAGGAAAGCUAGUUGAACAGAGAAAGCAUGCAGAGGCAGCCAUUCUCCUGGAGCAGUACAGUCAGGACUAUGAAGAGGCUGUUCUCCUGCUGUUAGAAGGGGCUCUUUGGGAAGAGGCUUUAAGACUGAUUCACAAGUAUGAUAGACUGGAUAUCUUGGARACCAACUUGAAACCUGCUAUUUUGGAAGCUCAGAAAAGUCAGCUGAUCUUCCUAGAUUCCCAGAAAACAGCAUUUCUUCGCCAUAAGAGUCGCCUGCAAGUGGUCCGACAGCUGAAGGAGAAGGCCUGUGAGAACCUGCAGGAUUAUGAAGUGCCACAUUGCCCAGAAUUGGAGCUUUUGUCUGAAACCAGCAGUGUUGUGACAGCUAGUGACAUGAACAGCAAAUACUCACACAGCAAUUCAAGAAUAUCAGCGCGAUCCUCAAAGAAUCGACGCAAGGCAGAGCGUAAGAAAUACAGCCUGAAGGAAGGGAGUCCUUUUGAGGAUAUUGCCCUUCUGGAGGUCCUGGGAGAGWGUGUUCGUGCUGUUGAGACUGUGAAAGGAGAUAUACACAUCCUUCUGAAGCAGCUUGUGCUCUUUGGUUAUGAURAGCAAGCUGGGGCACUGCAGCAAGUCCUGGAAGAGGUUUUGCAGUUGAUGGAGACAUCAGUCUCAGAAAUCUGGACUCCAGACCUGCAGCAGAGCUCUGUCAGCCCGGUGCUGGGACCCAAUUCAACUGCAAACAGCAUUAUGGCUGCCUAUCAGCAGAAGAGGAUGAUGCCUCCGGUUGUACAAGAUCCAGAAGUACUUACUCCACCAAAAUUCAAUAAAAAUCUACAGUGGAAACUGCAUCUUCUUCAGUAACUCAAAGCCAAGGAAACCCUGUGGACUCCAAUAACUUUCCAUACAAUUUCAUUAUAUCUUUACAGAAGCUAUUGUUGUUCUGGUGUUUCUGAUACAUUGUUCUUAGGCCUGUGCAAGUGAAGGGUCCUGAUGCAGGCCUGAUGCAGCUGUGACUGCGACCCAUAGGGUGUCACACUUGUGGGCACAGCCACUCAUGUCCCACUGCAGAUGUGGCUUGUGUGACUGGGGAGUGAAACGAUAUGCAGCUCUGAAAGCUCCUGGAUGGAUCCAGUGUCUACCACUUUUUCCCCCUUCAGGAUGAAGCAAUCCCAACCAGUACUGGAUGGGCUAUCUUCUCUGCCAUUCCUCCUUCCCAGAGCUGAUACUUGCCACGAUGACAGGCCAUGUUUUAAGCACUUCAGCCUGCUUUAGAGAACUUAGCUGUAAGACUGUACCAAUGGCAAAUUGCUGUAGUUGCCAAACAAAUUUUGUGUUUUCKCUCCUGAAGCUGGAUGUUGCUAGUACCAGGUUAUCAUCAGUAUUGCUUUGUUACAUCAGAGUGAAUCCUGCAGUGCAAACAGCCACUGCUGUCCUGAAACUGGGCACAUGCACACCAGGGAGGUCUUGGACAGGGGAAAACGUGAAUAAAAACAGGGCGGAAGCAUUGGUGUCAUACUCUGCGCUCUGCUACGUAAUACUACCCUAAUUAUCCAAGUUCAGAGAAUAUGGAUUAAUGCGGCUCUGUGGCACUGACAGAUCAGCAGCUGUACCCUGAUAAUGCUGUGCACUAUUGCGGGACUGUCAUCUGGAAACGUGUCUCAUACUGAGAAUCGGGUUUUAACCCAGAAUACUUGUGCAAUCUGAUGCAAGAAGUAACAGCAGCAGUUCAGGGAGUAGAGGAAGGGGACAAGGCUGGAAACCCUUUCUGUGGUAGCAUCCCCUCUCAGUUAAUUUUGGCCCGGCCGCUUCAGUGUUCAGUGCAGACCAUUUCCGUUGGAGCUGCAGAAGAAUGCCACAUAAACAAGGCAUUUCCUGUCUGUUGGAGGUAUGUAAUGGCACAGCAGUGAGCUGUGUUCUGACGGCACAGCAUGAGCAUGUCCAGUGCUGCAAAUCACUAUUUUUGUGUGGCAGGAAUUCCAUUAGAUCAGGGUGGCCAUUUGGUCUUGCACCAUAAAUGACAUGCUGGCUUGAGCCUGCUGGAGUGGAGUGGUACAACAGUCCUUUGCCAGUGUGAAGCAAUGGAGUACAUCUCGUUUCCAGCUGCUCUGAGUUACCUAUUUCCAGCUGUUCUGGUGGCCUGUUCUGGGUGGAGUGGGGAAGGUUUAAGACUGUUUUCAAGUACUGUGACAACACAGUAGGAUUCUCCAAGAGUAAAUAAAGCCUUUUGAGACAGCAAAACACAUGAAAGGCUUUACAGGGUAAGUGUUGCACAGGAUCUGGGUCUUCAAAAUGGUAGCAGAGCACAGUCCUUGGUGAAAUACAGAAGCCAUCUAACAGAUCUGGAGUAAGGGUUGAUGAGGGAGACUGUGCUUCUCUACACAGCACUCUGGCCCURCAACUGAAAUUUGACACUGACACCAGUAAUUCCUGACAUUCCAAAAUCUGAUGCCAGGAAAGGCUGAGGUCAUGUACAACCUAACCUGUUUUCUAGAAGGAGAACACAAGAAGAGGUAAAAUUGCUGCUGGCUUACCGAGGAUUCAUGCUUGUGCGUAAGAAUGUGUGUGGGUUCUUUUGUUUUUCCAUCAUGAUGAUGGUGAAAGCCAAGGACCCUUUUGUCGUAGGCAUGUGUGCUUUUUCUCCRAGACAAAACCCUUUUAAAUCUGACAUCCAAGUGAAAGACCAGUCUUCUAAAUCAUCACUCAACCCUGCCCAAGUGAACUUUGAGUAAGGAACAGUAGAGCUGGGAGCAGCACCUAGUAUCCAUGAGCCUCCAGCGGGGAUACCCUACUUCCUACUUGUGCAGUUGCUGAGCCUUAGUUUCUUCUCAGCAGCAGCUGGGAGUAGAAGUCUGCUUUCCCUUGAUUUCUCCUGGCAUAUUCUUUUACUUUCUUAGUAAUGCAUGUAAUCUUGAAAUACAUUCAGCUUUAGUUACUGUCUUUACAGACAUUUUGAAUUUGUUCUUACGAGUUCUGUAAGGCUCCUACAAACAUAUGGUAUUACCAGGAGUGGAAGUAAGCCAUUAAUGCAGAAAUAUGGAGUUAACUUUAGAAACAUCUCAACUUCUGAGCAACUGUGGCUGUAUGGAAGCCUGGUUCUUUUACUAGUGUAGAUAUUUUUCACCUCUCUGCUGAUCAGCUUCAUUAAAGACAAAAGGAAAAAAAAACCUGUCAAGUUCAGUAAGAACUUCCAUGAAAAGAUUGACAAAUGGUGUGGUUUAUUGGAGAAACAGAUUAUAGGUUGUUAGAUUGCCAGUGAUAAACCUGUAGGCAGCUGUCCCUUUUUGGCUUCGAACAGCUUGUGCCCAGUGCUGCUCCUCCUGCAGAUCUUUCCAUACAGCAGUGACCUCACACAGCAAAUGCUGGACAUGCUSCCAUCUCCUUCCCCGGGAUCAGCCCUGGUGGCAAGUGAUUCUCCCAAAGAUUCCACUGAUGUACAACAUCAUGCAGAGGCUUGUAUCUCAGAAUCAUGCUCCACAACUGAGACUUGGACAGCUGCAUAACCUUCCCAUAUAAAUGGAUUGCAGAGGUUUGUGCUUGACUCUGACCUGCUUUGAACGGUWCUAAAACCAUGACUCCACCUAAAUGUGAUGGGCCAUGGGACAUAAGCAGUGCUUAUGCUUUGCAUGCGUCACUGUCAAGAAGCAUGGCUUUCCUUUCUGCCCUGUGUCUGCCAUGAGGAAGACCAUGGCUCUCCAGCAUUCACAACUGGGCUUGGUCCAUAUUGGUUCCUGUUGUGAAGCAUUAGCACAGCUUUACUCUGGAGACAAUUGGAGCCCUAGUUUGUGUCAAGAAUUAAUCCACGGACUGGCUGUGCUUUUGCCAUUGUUCCUUACUCUCUAAGCUUUGCUUUGYAAUUGAGGGCAUAUUAUUACUAAUGUCAGCAACAGUUAAGUGUGACCAUGCUUUAAAUGAGACCACAGUCAACCCGUCACCCUCAGUGUAUCCCAUUCUGGUGAAAGAUGAAUGGUUUAAGAAAAAUUUUUGCAGAAUGUCCUAAGAGAACAAUACUUAAAGACCCAUAAAAGUGGGAAAUGGCAAGGUCUUGCAGAAUAGUUUUGAAACAAGUAGAGAACACAACUGCAUUUGGCAACAUU